AUGUCCGCCGAGAACGAGGCUUCGGAGGCAGCUACCAUGGUGGUAGCUGCCGAGGCAGUGGCUGGGGAAGACACCUCUUCCCAGCCCCCAAAAGCCGAUGCAACGGGAGAUCCUCAGCCGCCGGCGGCCCCGGAGAAGGCUGCUACCGCCGCCUCGCAGCCGCCCCUGCGCUACCUGGUGCUCACCGGGUUCGGCGGCUACGACAAGGUGAAGCUGCAGAGCCGACCGGCCGCGCCCCCGGCCCCGGGCCCCGGCCAGCUGACACUCCGCGUCCGGGCCUGCGGGCUCAACUUCGCUGAUAUCAUGGCCCGGCAGGGACUGUACGAUCGGCUGCCGCCGCUGCCCGUCAUCCCGGGCAUGGAGGGCGCGGGCGUCGUGACCGCCGUGGGUGAGGGAGUUAGCGACCGCAAGGAAGGGGAUCGGGUGAUGGUGUUGGUCCGGUCAGGGAUGUGGCAGGAGGAGGUGACUGUACCCUCAGCCCAGACCUUCCUGAUGCCGGAGACCAUGACCUUUGAGGAAGCUGCUGCCUUGCUGGUCAAUUACAUCACAGCCUACAUGGUUCUCUUUGACUUUGGCAACCUGAGGCCUGGACACAGUGUUUUGGUACACAUGGCUGCAGGGGGUGUGGGUAUAGCAGCCCUGCAGCUGUGCCGUACAGUGGAGAAUGUGACGGUGUUUGGAACAGCCUCAGCCAGCAAGCAUGAGGUGCUGAAGGAGAAUGGGGUCACAUACCCCAUCGAUUACCACACAAGUGACUAUGUGGAUGAGAUCAAGAAGGUCUCUCCUAAAGGAGUGGACAUCAUCAUGGACCCUCUAGGUGGGUCAGACACCGCCAAGGCCUACAAUCUUCUCAAACCCAUGGGCAAAGUCAUCACCUAUGGAAUGGCCAGCAUGCUGACAGGCCCCAAGAGGAACCUGGUGGCCUUGGCCCGCACUUGGUGGAAUCAGUUCAGUGUAACGGCGCUGCAGCUGCUGCAAGCCAACCGGGCUGUGUGUGGCUACCACCUGGGCUACCUGUUGGGUGAGGUGGAGCUGGUCAAUAGUGUGGUGACCCGUCUGCUGGCUCUGUACAACCAGGGCCGCAUCAAGCCCCACAUCGACUCAGUCUGGCCCUUUGAGAAGGUGACUGAUGCCAUGAAGCAGAUGCAGGAGAAGAGGAAUGUGGGCAAGGUCCUUCUGGUGCCUGGGCCAGAGAAGGAGAACUAGGGCGAGGGUCUGAGGGACCCUUGGGACCCUGGAAGGGGAAAGUUGGGAAGCCACAUUCUGUUGACCAUCAUUCUCUCCAUUCAUCCUCUGUCCUAGUGCUCUGCCCCCCACCCCCACCCCAAGGUCUUUAUGGUGGUGACCUCUUCCCUG